AUGGAGAACUUGCAGAGCGCGCUUGUGCUGCACGGAGGAGCUGGCGCCUGCUCGCCCGCGCACUUGCAGAGGCUCAAGAAGGAGCUGAAGGCCGUCCUCCGAAAGGCAAAAACCCUGAAAGAGAGCGCUCUUUUGCUGGAGGCGUCUGGAGCCUUCAACUGCGGAAGCGGGGGCAGCACAACGUCAGAAGGCGCAGUCGAGAACGAGUGCUGCCUCAUGGAAAGCACCGGAGAAUUUUCGGCCCUUUGCAUAAUACCCCGCGGAGUCUCCCCGUACGAGGCCCUGCAGGAGCAAAUAGGAAAGAGCGCACGCCCGGGGGCUGUAAGGCCCCUGUGCACGGCAUACGCCCCUCACACGCCCAAGGAGUCUCCACGCUCCGAGACAUUUUUUGCAGAAAAAGCUGAAAGCGAGGCAGCAGACACUGUUGGGGUUAUUCAGGUGCAGAAAGGGCACAUUUCAGCGUACUCAAGCAGUGGAGGGCCCGUGCGAAAGACCCCCGGGCGGAUUGGGCCUUGCUCCGUCUACGGCGCAAAUACGUUCGUUUCAGAGGGCGCGGCAGUGCUCGUCUCCGGAACGGGAGAGUCUUUGAUUCGGCAGCAGCUUGCCAGGCGCAUACUCGAAGCAGCGGAGACGUGGGACUUCGAGAGCGUGAAGGAGGAGCUUGAGAAAUUCGUGCGCAGAGAAAAGGAGUUUCCCCACGUGGGCGGAGUCUGCGUGCUCUCGCGCCAGGAGAAAGUCUACAUCGUGCACUUCCAAACAGCAGCGUCUUUUGUGUUUGGAUACUCCUUCCAAGGGCGCUGCACCGUGGUUGGGCACGCGCAGAAAAGAGGCGCAGUCUAUCUCGACGUGCUGUGCAUGGGAAAUUGA